AUGAGUACAUCGACCGUUUCCCCUAACGCGCAAGGUGCCGCAAAGAAAUACCCGCCUCCUGACAACUCAAAGUCAUACACUCAUGUCCCUCGCCGAAAGAUACCACCCAAAGGUUACAUUGGCUGCAUUCUGUCAAAGAUACAAGUGGAGCUCGGGCUGAAUGUGAUGGAGCCGAUGGAACAGGUUGGCAUUGUAGCCAUCUGCAUCAUUCUUGCGCUUAUUCUGCUGGGCAUUCCAAGUUAUUUAUUGUACUAUUUGUACAAUAGCUUUGCGGCGUAA